AUGGUUGGUAAAUAUAAAGGAUUUGUUACUCUUUUUGGCCAAAAUGUGAAACAUGAACUACUAUAUUUUCAUUGUAUUGUUCAUCAAGAAGCUUUAUGUGCUCAAACAUUUCCAGUUGAAAUUAACCAAGUCAUGGCACUAGUAGUGAAAAUUAUUAACAAAAUCAUAGCUUCAGCUCUGAACCAUAGACAGUUUCGUGCAUUACUUGAUGAAGUUAAUGCCCGAUACAAGGAUCUUCUAAUGUUCAAUAAUGUACGUUGGUUAUCGAGAGGGGCUGUUUUAAAGCGCUUUACAGAUUGUUUCGAACCCAUAAAAGAUUUUUUAACGAAUAAAGGCAUCAACUACCCCGAAUUGUGCGAUGAUAUGUGGCUACAAAAAUUGUAUUUUGCUGUAGAUUUGACUUCAUCUCUAAAUCACUUAAAUAAAAAGCUUCAAGGUAAGGGAAAUACAGCACAUACACUACUGGAAACUGUUCUUUCUUUCGAACAACAACUUCAGCUUUUUUCAGAAGAUAUUGAGAGCGGAAAUUUUGAUCAUUUUGAAUCUUUGAAAGAGUACACGGAAAGCUCAGAUUGUAUUAUUGAUUUGGAGUAUUUUAAAUUGGCCAUUCAAUCCAUGAAAAAUUCGUUUAAUAGACGUUUUGAAGAUUUUCGAAAAUAUAAAUCUACGUUGAAGUUCUUGACAUCACCACUCAUAGCGGAGACUGGACAAAUUAAUUUUCCAUCGUUUCCAUCAGUCGACAAAAGACUAUUUUCAUUGCAAUUAAUAGAACUAAAAACCAAAGAUCUUUGGUCUACAAAAUUUGAGAAUUUGAAAACGGAUAUUGAAAAUCUGGAAAGGGAAAAAGGAUUUUUAGCUGCGAACCAUAAAUGGACGGAACUCGCUAAAUAUCAAAAAGAAGAGCAAGUUAUAUUUGACGUAUGGAACAGUCUUCCUGAAAGUUUCAGCCAAUUAAAAAUGGUCGCUUUCGGAAUUUUGACCAUUUUUGAAUCUACUUACAUUUGUGAGCAAACAUUUUCAAAUAUGAACUUUAUUAAGAAUAAAUUAAGAAAUCAACUGAAUGAUAUCAGCCUUGAUGCUUGUUUGAAAAUGAAAACUACAGAUUACUUUCCAAAAUUGAAUAAGCUGUCUGGAGAAAUUCAGUGUCAAAAAUCCCACUAA